AUGUCUCUGGUAAGCCAGAAUGGGUACCAUCACAACCCAGAGUUGACUGCAGAUUAGACCAAAGGUGGGGGUGAAAUGAAGAAUAUGGAGGUCCUCAUCAACAAGCAGUCCUAAUAUUUGAGGAUGCUCAGUCCACUGCAUGAUCUAAACAGGUAGAUUGCUUUGGUGACUUUCAUGGUAAUGAAAAGCCAAACUGAAGCUGUCCAGUAGUCAGAGAUGCUGGAGUUUCUCAGAGAAUACUCAGAUCAGUUCUCAGAGAUACUCAGAUGAGAUUGAGUUCACUUGCAUCAACUCUUAGUGAUACUGAGGGUUCUUGAUCCCCAGGCCAACAUCUACAACUCAGUCAGCAAAUGGGAUUCCCAGACUACUAAAAGACUAGCAGACACCUUGGAUAUGACAAGGGCAGUUCCGGCCUUGGUCCUAGGCCACAUCCUCCUGAAUGGCAUGGCAAAAGAGAUCUCCAUUUGGGACCUGCUGCUGAAGGUUGAUGUGUUGGAUGACCUUGAGAGGAUUAAGAACCUCUUUGGGAUUGCAAGAAACCUCCUCACUAUACAAUUUUAUAUGCAAUUCUUGGAGUACUGGUCAGUAUAUGGCACAAAGCCCCUCAAAUGUGGUCCUGUUGUUGCUGCCAGGUAUCUUCUGCUACAGACCCACAGGAAGUGACCACAGGACUGACCAGGGCAAUAUAAGCAGUCUGUGGAAGAGGAGGAAGGCAGAGGCAGAUCUGAGACAACUGUCAUGUUCUUCUUUGGCUCCAUGAGAAGUCUGAGGAAGAUGUUGUCACUUCAGUUGAGUGGUAUCUGCUAA